GUGUAAUUGCAGGAUAUGUUUACGGCCGGAACUGAAACUUCAACCACAACAUUCGAUUGGGCGAUGACAGAAUUGAUGAGAAAUACCCGAGUGAUGGCAAAGGCGCAAGCUGAAAUAAGAGAAGCCUUUAAAGGAAAGAAGACAAUCGAGGAAAGUGAUAUUCAAAACCUAAAAUAUCUGAAGUUGAUAAUCAAGGUAAACUUUGGGGUACAUCCCGCUGUCACUUUACUCCCAAGAGCAUGCAGGGAAGAAUGUGAAGUCGAUGGGUAUACCAUACCCUCCAAAGCAAAGGUUGCUGUGAACAUCUGGGCUUUGAGAAGAGAUCCAGAAUAUUGGGAAGAACCAGAAAUCUUUAAACCCGAGAGAUUCGAGAACAGUUCUGUUGAUUUCUUGGGAAAUAACUUCGAAUAUAUUCCAUUUGGAUCAGGAAGGAGGUUUUGUCCGGGCAUGAACUUUGGAAUUGCAAAUAUUCACGUGCCUUUAGCUCAACUUCUUUAUCACUUUGACUGGAAACUUCCUCAUGGAAUGAACCAUAGUGAUCUAGACGUUAGUGAGAUACCUGGAGUAAGUGUGCAGAGAAAAAAUAACCUUUAUUUGAUCGCUACACCAUACAACCCAUCAAUUGAAGGUUAAUUUAUCCAAGGUUAGAGGGCAGUUCUUAUUGCCAAAUAAGCUACACUGCCUGGAUCAUUUGCUGUUUUUAA